AAUGGACAUUUUAUUUGAGAUAUUAACGUCAGAUUUUAUUCAUAUCAACAAUAAUAAAAAGAAGGCCGGCAAUAACCAAAUACAACGUUGUUCUAUGACGGUCCUUUGUCAUUUCUGUGUAAUACAAACAGUCUGAACUUUUGUCUAAAGAAUUAACUACUCAACAAAAUGGCUUCUCUUUCUCCAGAGGAAGAAAACUAUGUCAGAAUGAGUUUAUUGCUGACAGGAAUUUCGCCACGUGCAGCUAGAGCCUUAUUUGAUAGUGAAUUCCUUCCAUCAUGUUUGGAGUCUUCUUUGAAAAAGGCAUACAAUAAACUGUUUGAUUUGAAAAAGAAACAUGUUAUAAAUGCGGCUCAGUGGAACCUUCUGUUCACUCGUUUUCCAGAUCUUCCAGAUUCUAAAACAUUUGAUGUCAUUUUAAUGAUAAUAUUAUUGAGAAAUCUGACAACAAUUUCGCCUCCUGUUUGUGGAUUUGACGGCCGACCUUCUGCCACGGAAAAAACGCCAGGUGCAGAUUUAGCCCGAAUCAAAUACUACAGGAACUAUAUGGCUCACCUGGGCUAUGGCAAAAUAGACACACCAUUGUUCAAUACUGCGUGGGAUGAUAUAACUAGCGCCAUUGACAGAUUGGGCGGACAGCAGAUGAAGCAGGAGUGUGAUUAUCUUAAAAUCAGACCUUUAGAUCAGACCAACCAAGAAAUUAUGCUGGAAAUCAAACGGUCUAAUGAUGAAAUCAGGGAUCUAAAAGAAUCAUUUGAACGACUAGAAAUGUCACAUACUAAAAUAAAGAAAUCCCAUGAAUUAUUACAAGAAGAACAUGCUGAUGUUUCAAGAAAACUUCAACAGCUAGAAACGUCUCAGAAGGACACAGUUCCAUGGAAUGUUAGAGAACAAAUCAACAAAAUACUUGUAGACUGGGAGAACAAUGUAAAGAUGUUUAUAAACACAAGGGCUGCCCAGCAUGUACUUAAAUGUAUACAGGAGAAUAGUUGUGUUACUAUAACUGCAAGUUCUGGUGCAGGGAAGACAGCAACUCUACAAUAUGUUGCUUUACAAAUGUCAAAUGAAGAAUAUGAUGUUAUUAUUGUGUCUGAUCCAGAUGACAUUAUUAAGUUUCACAAUCCGAAUAAAAAAGCAUUGUUUGUUAUUGAUGAUUUGUGUGGAAACUUUUCCGUUGACCAAAGUGAUAUCAAAAAGUGGAACACACUCAUUGAGCGUAUAAAAAGAAUUCUUGAAAACAAGCGAACAAAAAUAAUUGCAGCAUGUCGAUUACAAGUUUUUCAGGAUGAUAAAUUUAAUAUUUUAUCCAUUUUUACGUCAUGUGUAUGUAACAUGUUAUCAAACGAAAUAUGUUUGUCAAAAGCUGAAAAACAAUCAAUAGCAGAGCUGUAUUUAAAAGCAAAAACCUCAGAGAUUGCCGACCUUUAUGAUUUAUACGAUUGUUUUCCUCUUCUUUGUAAAAUGUGGCAUGAUAAUCCUACCUUUGAUGUUGUAGAUUUAUUUCAGAAACCGUUUUCAGUUUAUGAAUCAGAAAUUGACAAGCUCUUUCAGAUGGGACAUUAUACUAAAUACUGUGCUCUAGUUUUAUGUGUCAUAUUUAACAAUGAAUUGAAGGAGAAAAUAUUGACAGAAGAUAUUGAUCCCACAACCAAAUUUGUUAUUAAGAACACAUUUCAGGCAUGUAAACUGGACCGAGGCGUAUCACUACUUGUUAUAAAGGAUGAACUUGACUCACUUACAAAUACUUAUGUAAGUAAGAAGUUAAAGAACUUUUGUGAAAACGAAUAUUUUUACUCAACUUUACAUGAUAAAAUAUUUGACUUUUUGGCCUUCUACUUUGGACAAAAAAUUACAAAUUGCUUGAUAAAGAAUGCAGAUAGCCGUCUGAUUAAUAAGCGAUUCUUAUUAGAAAAAGAGGAGAACAUGGAUCAAUUUAUUACCGUUGUUCCUCUGAAAUAUCACAAAAGUUACAUGCAGAGAUUAAUUGAUGAAUGGUUAAAGGGAAAUGUUGGCAAUAUUUUUGAUAAUAUUAAUAUGAAGAUAUCUCAGUUUAGAUUAAAACUAUUGGAACAUUUGCAAAAACUUGAUAAAUCAUGUCAAAAACAACUGGCACAAACCUUCGAUAACGAAACCAAUGAUUAUUUUUGUUUUGGUAGGGGAAUAAGAUAUUCUACAGCUUUGUUACAUUGUUGUUCAAUUGGAGAUAUCCCUUUGAUCAAUUGGUGUUUACACAAUGAAGUUGAUGUUAACCAGUGUACACAUGAUAAUCAGUCACCUGUCAUGAUUGCAUGUGAACUUGGCUAUACAGAAAUUGUAAGGAUGUUGUUAGACAGAGAAGCAGACUUAAAAACAAUUGACAGAUAUGGUAAGUCACCUUUAAUUAAGGCUUGUACACACGGUCACAUGGGAAUAGUUAAGAUGUUGAUGGACAGAGGAGCAGACUGUAAUAAAUGUGACAGUUCUGGUCAGUCACCUGUAAUGAUUGCAUGUGAACAUGGCUAUACAGAAAUAGUUAAGUUCCUUUUAGACAAAAGAGCAGACUUUAAUGAUUUCGACAAUCGUAGUCAGUCCUCUAUAUCAAAGGCUUGUGAAAAUGGUCAUACAGAAAUAGUUAGAAUACUGAUAGAUAGAGGUGCAAAUUUGAAUAAAUCUGACAACUUUGGUACGUCACCUCUACUUAUUGCUUGUAAACAAGGUAAAAAGGAAAUAGUACGAAUGUUAUUAGACAGAAGGAUAUAUCAUAAUAAAGCUAAUAAUAAUGGUUUAACACCUUUACUUACGGCUUGUGAACAUGGUUACACAGGAACUGUAAAGAUGUUGUUGGAUAGAGGGGCAGACUUUGAUCAAUCGGAUAAUAAAGGUUGGACACCUAUUAUGUUUUCUUGUAAAUAUAAUCGUUUAACAAUAGUGAAGAUGUUGGUAGGAAGAGGGGCACUUUGUGAAAAAUGUGACAGCUGGGGUCAGUCACCUGUUAUGCUAGCAUGUGAACAUGGUAGAACAGAAAUAGUGCGUUGGUUAUUAUAUAGAGGUCUUAACUAUAAUACAUGUGACGAAUUUGGUAUGUCACCGAUAAUAAAGGCAAGUAAAAACGGCCAUAAAGAAAUAGUCAAGAUAUUGUUAGAUAAAGGAGGAAACUUUAACCUACGGGGACGGUCACAUGUAAUAAAUGAGUGUGAUAAUACAGAAAUGGUUGGAAUUUGGAGAGACAAGGAGGUAAACUAUGAUGAAGUUGACAAUGAUGGUAAGUCAGCAUUAAUGUAUGCUUGUGAAUUUGGACAUAAAAGAAUUGUACAAAUGUUAUUAAACAAAGAGGUAGACUUGGAUAAAUGUGACAAUGUUGGUAAAUCAGCUUUAAUGUAUUCUUGUGAAAUGGGUUUUAUCGAAAUAGUCAAAAUGCUGUUAGUCAGAGGCGUAGAUUAUAAUAAAUUUGACAAAUUCAAUCGAUCAACAAUUCUGGUUGUCUGUCGAAAUGGUUUUCCCGCAAUUUUCCAAUUACUGUCAGAAAAAGGAGCAGACUGUAAUACAUUUGAUAAUCGUUACAAUACGCCAUUAAUGGAGGCUUGUAGAUUUGGUCAUACAGUCAUUGUACAAAUGUUGAUAGAAAAGGGAGUGAAUUGUGAUAUAUCUAACAUCAUGGAUCAGACGCCCCUAGUGUUGUCCUGUAAGCAUGGUCAUACAGACAUAGUAAGAAUGCUAUUGGACAAUGGGGUAGACUCCAACAAAUCUGACAUUAACGGUUGGACAUCUAUUGCAUUUGCCUGUAGCAAAGGUCAUACAGAAAUAAUAAAGAUGUUGUUAGACAAAGAGGUAGACUGUAAUAAGUUGAACAAAUUGGGUCAGUCACCCAUAAUGCAUGGUGUUGUGUAUGGAGAUUUUGAAAUAGUUAAGAUGUUGUUUAACAGAGGAGUAGACUGUAACCAAUGUGACAGAAAAGGAAGGUCACUUUUUAUGGAGGCUUGUUCAAGAGGGCUAACAGAAUUUGUCAAAAUAUUGUUAGAUAAAAAUGUUGACUAUAAUAAGUGUAAUAAAAAGGGCUGGUCACCAUUAAUGUGUGCUUGUAGAAACGGACAUGAAGACAUAGUAAAGAUGUUGUUAGAAAGAAGAGUUGACUUAAAUAAAUGUAACAAAUGGCGAUGGUCAGCUGUACUGUAUUCUUGUAAACAUGGUCAUCAAAAGGUUUUAGGGAGGCUGAUAUUCAGCGGAGCAAGCAUUGAUCAAUGUGAUAACAAUGGCUGUUCACCUAUUAUGAUCGCAUGUAAACGUGGCCAUACAAAAAUCGGUAAGAUGUUGUUAAAUACUAAUGCAGACGUUGUAAAAUGCAAUAAUAAUGGACAAUCACUUCUUAUGUAUGCUUGUAAAUAUAGUCAAACAGAAAUAGUUAGGAUCUUGGUAGAUAAAGGGAUAGACUAUAGUAACUGCGAUAAAAAAGGAAGGUCACCUCUAAUGUAUGCAUGUAAACAUGGUCAUACUGGUGCAGUAAGGAUUUUGUUGGAAAACAAAGGAGACUUUAAUUCCAAUUAUGCUGAAUGUUCUCUCCUUAUAAUGCAUGCUAUAAAAAAUAGUGAUAGAGAAAUUGUAAAUAUACUACUGCAUAAAGGAAUAGGGUUAAAUGAAUGUGACAGCAGCGGUCGAACAUUGCUAAUGAAGGCUUGUGAACAUAAUGCUAUUGAAAUAACCCGUUUGUUAUUAGACAGAGGAGCUGACUUGAAUAAGUGUGACAUAUUGGGUGAGACACCUCUCAUGAAGGCUUGUAAACAAGGUCACGAAAAAGUUGCAAGUUUGUUGUUUGAUAAAGGAGCAGAAUAUGACAAUUUUGACAUAAUGGGUCAGUCACCAAUCAUGACAGCUUGUGAAUAUGGUCACACAGAAAUAGUAAGGACAUUAUUGGAUAAAGGAGCAGACUUUAAUAAAUGUGACAGAUCAGGUCAGUCAUCUAUUAUGAAGGCUUGUGAAAAUGGUCAUCCAGAAAUUGUAUGGAUUUUGUUAGAUAGAGAAGCAAAUUGUAAUACAUCUGAUGAUAAGGGAAGCACUCCUUUAACAAUUGCUUGUAGAUUUGGCCAUACAGUAAUAGUAAAAUUGCUAUUAGACAAAUGGGCAGACUUUAAUUACUGUGAUUUUGAUGAUAAAUCACCACUAUUUAUCGCUUGGGAACAUAAUUAUACAGAAAUAGUAAACGUUUUAUCAAACAGAGGGGCAGAAUACAAUAAAGUUAACACAUCUGAUCAGUCAAAUGUCAUGGAAGCUCAUUGCAGUGGUAAUAUAGAAGCAAUCGAGAUAAUAUACGAUAGAAGUGCAGACUAUAAUACAACAUGAAAGUGAAGGCGAGUCAAAUGGGCAUACAAAAAUAACUGAAUAGUUGCUACACGGAGUCAUAUGUAUUCAAAGCAUGUGAAAAGGAAUCCCCCAUACAGAUCUAUAAAUAGUAAAUAGCAAAAACAAAAAAAGAGCAGACUUUGAUAAAAUUGACUGGACUGAUAAGACAGCUUGUGAAAAUAGUUUUACAGAACGAGUGAAUUUGUUAUUAGAAAAAGGACAGGAAUGAUCAGUCAGCUCAUAUGAAAGUUUGUGAACAUGGUCAUACAUAAAUACUAAAAUUGUUCCAGACAAAGAAAAACUGUCCUAAAAAAAUGAACAGGAGAGAUCGAUCAUCAUUAAUGCUGGCCUGUUAACACGGAUAAUCUUUAAUGAUGGCUGUAAACAUGGUCAUACACAAGUAGUAAGAAUGCUGAUAGAAAGAGGAAAAGAAAGUGAUAAAUGUAACAACGAUAAUCAGUCCCAUGUAUUGACUUUUGAAGCUGGGCACGCAGAAAUAUUGAAGAUUUACCGAUGUGAUUAUAUUGACCAGGUAUCUGUUAUGAAAGCCUGUGAUCAUGUACAUAGAAAAUUAGUAGCUGAUACAUAUAGAAAGUGGAAUCGACUUUAAUAAAUGUGAUUUGUAUGGUCUAACACUUUAAGUGAUGGCUUGUAUGCAUGAUUAUAAAAUAUGUAAAAAUGUGGCUAGAUAUAAAGGCAAACAAUAAUGUAUGUUGCAAUCAUGCCUGUACCAAGUCAGGAAUAUGACAGUUCUUGUCCAUUCGUUUUUGAUGCGUUUUGUUAUUUGAUUUUGCCAUGUGAUUAUGGACUUUUCAAAUUGAUUUUCCUCUGAGUUCAGAAUUUUUGUGAUUUUACUUUUUGCAAUAAUAGAAGUUUCAUACUACAUAUUGCCUGUCUGAAUUGUCAGUAUUAUAUACAUACUAUGAUUAAUAAACUUGCUUUGAUGGGAAAAACAUAUCCAAUAAAGUCAAUGUUGCAUUUUACAGAGAGGAAUAAGACAACAAGAGCAAACUUUUUUUUUUUUAAAUUAAUCAGUUUUAUUGCACUUUUGAUGUUAACCGCAAAUGUUUUUUAAAGUAUUUAGCUAUAUCUUUGUUAAUUUUUUAUUUUAGGGAUUUCUUCAAAGGAAAUUGAUAUUGAUUUUAUAUUUCAUUUGAUAAUUUAUACAUAUCAUAUUAUUGUGAAAAUAUGAUCUUCC